UGCUAAGCCAUAUUAACGCCGCCGCGAUACCAUCGGACAUAGGACUUGCGAAUUAAGACCGACGGGACGAUUCGGAGAACUCGAGAGUACUUAAGUAGUUAAUUCGAUCGGAAUCUUAUAAAGAUGUGACAAAAAAACAGAUAGACAGACGGAAGUUUGCCAACCCCAACCCACCCCACCCCCCCGACGAAACACGAGAAGCAGCAGCCCAAAACAGUCACACAACACGAUGGCGGCCUCGGAGUACGAAUUCCAAGGCUGGCUGGGCCACUCUCCCGCCGCGGCCGAGGGGAGAAUGGAAUGGGGCACGUACGAGCCCAAGCAGUGGACCGAGGACGACGUCGACAUCCAGGUCACGCACUGCGGCGUCUGCGGCUCCGACCUGCACAUGCUCAGAUCCGGCUGGUUCGACACGCCCUAUCCAUGCUGCGUCGGCCACGAGAUCGUCGGCCGGGCGGUGCGCGUCGGCAGCCGCGUGGCGGGCGACAUCCGCGUGGGCGACCGCGUGGGCGUUGGCGCGCAGGCGCGCAGCUGCUUGGAGAAAAGCUGCGCGGCGUGCUCGAGCGGCCGCGAGAACUACUGCGCGCGCGCCAACAUCGGCACUUACGGCGCCGUGUACCCGGGCGGCGAGGGCAAGUCGUACGGCGGGUACGCCGACUACAACCGCACGCACGGGCGGUUCGUGUUCAAGAUCCCGGCCGGCCUGCCAUCCGAGUUCGCGGCGCCCAUGCUGUGCGCCGGCAUUACGGUCUUCUCGCCGCUUCGGCGCGAGCGGUGCGGGCCGGGCAAGAGCGUGGGCAUCGUCGGCGUCGGCGGCCUCGGCCAUUUCGGGGUCCUGUUUGCCAAGGCCCUGGGCGCGGACAGGGUGGUGGGCAUUUCGAGAAAGGCUGAAAAGCGCGACGACGUGCUGAGGCUCGGCGCGGAAGAGUACAUCGCCACGGAUGACGGCGGUGGCGGGUCGUGGGCCGAGGGCCACGCCCGGUCGCUCGACCUAAUUGUGUGCACCGUCUCGAGCGAGGACAUGCCCCUGACUGACUACCUGCGGCUGCUCAAGGUUGAUGGCGUCUUUAUACAAGUUGGCAACCCCGACGGCGGCAAGCUCCCUCGCGUAAGCGCCCUCACGCUUCUUGAAGGCGGAAUCAAGAUGGGCGGCAGCAGCAUCGGCUCACCCGAGGAAAUCCGCGAGAUGCUGCAGUUCGCCGCCGACAAAGGCAUCAAGCCGUGGGUGGAGAUGCGAUCGUUGCGGGAUGCCAACCAGACUGUCGUUGACAUGGCGCAGGGCAAAGCGCGGUAUCGAUAUGUGCUGGUGAACGAUAGGCACGCUGCGGCCGGGAUUGCUAAUUAGGCAGAUGAUAGAUUAUCUUGUCAAAAUCCCUUCUAUUAUUUCCUUGGUGCCCAAUCAUGUUUCGAACGCCUUCUCCGUGCUCAUGACACACAACUGCCCGUUGGGCGACUCCCUCAACGUCCCUCGGUCGUCAAUAAUAUACUUCAGCAGCCUGCCGACUUUAUUCCUCUUGGCGACGAGAUGGUUUUGUUCUUCUCCCGUCUCUUUCACCGUCUCGUAGCCAACCACGUCGGCAAAAAUGCCCAGGUUGCGCGAGUUGACCGGGUAUGCCUUGCCGACCUUGAGCUGCGCCGCACCGCCGCCCUCGUCGCCGAUCCUUCCAUCCCGGUCGAUGCGCUGCCAAUAGUAGGCAACGCACGUGCUCAAGCGGAAGGCGGAUGGCGGAUGGCGGACGCCAACGUCUCCUUACCAGGACACGGGCACUCGGGCGUCUC